AUGUCGAAUUCAAAAUUCUGGCUAAGAUGGGUCAACCUCACCACCCAGAAGCGGCUUGCAGCCUCUGUUGUAGGCUGCGGAAAGCGCAAGAUUUGGCUCGAUCCUAAUGAGACCAGCGAAAUCUCAAAUGCCAACUCCCGCCAAACCAUCCGAAAGCUCGUCGCUGAUGGCCUCAUCAUCCGCAAGCCAGUCACCAUGCACUCCCGAUCCCGCGCUCGCGAACUCACAGCCGCACGACGAAUUGGUAGACACCGUGGUUUCGGUAAGAGGAAGGGUACAGCGGACGCCCGUAUGCCAAGCCAGGUCGUUUGGAUGCGCCGUCUUCGUGUCCUCCGCCGUCUCCUAGUCAAGUACCGUGCGAGUGGCAAAAUCGAUAAACACCUUUACCACGAACUCUACCACCUCUCCAAGGGUAACACCUUCAAGCACAAGCGAGCAUUAGUCGAGCACAUCCACAGGGCCAAGGCUGAGAAGGCACGCGAGAGGAACGAGAAGGAGGCUAUGGAUGCUAAGCGUAUCAAGACCAAGGCCGCCCGUGAGAGAAAGUUGGAGAGAGCAGAGGCAAAGCACAAGGCACAGUUUGGAGAGGAAGAGGAGACCGAGAAGUAA